AUGGAGUCGCACCUGUGUACAGUCUCGAAAGACACGCACGGAUUCGGGAGGCUGCAUGUGCAUGUGUCGGUAGGUGGGAACACGUCGAGGUGCAUGUUCCUUGUCCAUUCCUACCCUCCCACCACCACCACCACCAUCACGACCCUACUUGUCGCGAGCUUCUCAAAGCACACACACACACACACACACACACACACAAGCUAUCCAGUUCAGGCCUGCGCGGCCGUAGAGGUUGCGGCGUGGGGUCGGGUCUGGGAUGAUUGUCACCCUCCCCCCUCUCUGACGCCGUUAAUUGAGGCCAAACAUGUGUGUGUACUUUCAUGGCAUGUAUCUUACCGGAAUACUGGCCGGAGUCGCUGUUGGUUGUGGGAGUCAGACGGGGAAGGGAAGGGGAUUGAUUGA